AUGGCAAUAGCAAACAACAAAACACAAUGUUUUACAUGUAAUAGAGACAAAAUUACAUAUCUUUGCAAAGGAUGUUUAAAAGAAUUUUGUCGAACACAUUUAGCAGAACAUCAACAAAUGUUAAAUGAUGAACUAAAUCAUAUUGCCGAUAAAUAUAAUGAAUUUAAGCAAAGAAUUAAUGAACAAAAAGCACAAACAUUUAUUAAUGAUAUUGAAAAGAAGCUUAAUGAUUUAUCUGAACAAAUAAAACAAAUUCAUAAAGAAAAUGAUUUCAAUGAAAUUAAUUUAAAUUAUUUAAGAAAUCGAUUAACAGAAAUCACACGAGAAUUAAAUAAUCCGACACAUAUUUCUAUUCAACAAAAUUCACAAUCGUUUAUUAAUGAAAUUUCUGAAAAACCAAAUGUCAUCACUGUGACUGGCGGAAAUGGACAAGGACAACAAUUAAAUCAACUUAAUUUCCCUUAUGGAAUCUUUGUUGAUGAAAAGAAAAAUAUUUUCAUUGCUGAUUAUGCAAAUCAUCGUAUUAUUGAAUGGAAAUAUAAUACAAAGAAAGGAAAAAUCAUUGCAGGUGGAAAUGGACAAGGAAAUCGUAUAGAUCAAUUGAAUGAGGCAAAAUUUGUGAUUGUUGAUCAACAAAAACAUUCGAUUAUCAUUGCUGAUUCUGAAAAUAGACGAGUGAUUCAAUGA